AGGGAAUGUACAAAUAUACAAAUCAAUCUAUUGGGAAUGUUAAGAGCCUGAAUAAAAGAUUACGACAUCAAGUUACCAUGAUUCCUGAGGAUGCUCCGUACCAAUUUGGCAAGAAAGGUAGCCCCAGGAAAAUCCCCUUCCCUUCGAAAAGUACAAAAUUGUAUGAUAACACUAAAAGAAGGAAGAGUGUGAUGGGUAGCAAUAUCUCUCGCUUUGCUCCUCCUUCUAGUCAAAACUUGGCUCCACCAAUUAAGAGGAAGAGCACUGUUCGUGCUCAGACCAUUGGUGCAGCAGAGCGAACUCCUUCUGCUAUGAAUGUAAUUAAUAGUUUCUUUGGAAGCACAAAGAGCUCCCCUAAAUAUAAGAACGGUUCAAAAGGAAUCCACGAAGAGGAAAAAUCUCUAGAAAUGACUCCUAAAAGAAGUAAUCCAAAAAUGAGAAUAUCCAAGAAUUUCGUAAAGCAGACUACUAUAAAAGAAGAAGUCACUAUUUCAGAAUAUGAAAUUAAUAAAUAAAUGGUAUGAUUAUGAGAAGAAGACAGGAAAAGAUUUCUCUUUACCAUCUUCUAAAAUGAUAAAGACAACCCAAGGCCCGGAAGCUUUUAAUUUUUCUACUCCUAAUGGGGCUCUAGCAAAGCUGAACACCUCGAUAAAUCGAGGAAUAAACUCAGGAAGUAUAAAUUCUUUCCGAACUCCUAAUAAAUUUACUCUCCCAAAUAACUCAUUCGACUCCAGAGUUGGAGGGUCUGAGAGUCCCAUGAAGAACAAAAUACGGAGACGACAGACUAAGUUGUUGAGCCUUAACCAUAAAGAUCUCCAGAAAAUCCCGUCUCUAUCUCUGAAGUGAUGCGAUUGUGAACUUAUAGAUGUAAAUUGCUCGAUAAAUAAGUAUAAGAAUGAACAAAAUAUUAUGAAGCAAUCCAACUCCAUCCUACUUGAAGAAAUCAAGCAACUCAGAGAUCUUAACGGUCAACUUAUUGACAAGCUUAACAAGUUCCAAGAUAAUGAGGCAGCUGUCCUUGAUCGACACCUUGAGUACGAACACAUCGAGGAAGGAUUUGAAAAGAUCUGUAAGAACUUUAGCAACGAGGUUGACCCAUCUCUUGGCAACCUCAGUGUCAGAGGAGCCACAAAGAAAAUGCUUCUCAAUCUACAACAGUUCUGAUACGAACAGAUAUCCUCUAUAAAGAUAUGCUAUAUGAACAAAGUAGAGCAGCUAAAAGGUUCGUUUACAGAAGAGAUAGAAAAUCUCUCUGAAGCAUUGGCUACAACCAGUAUGAUGUCUUUGGAAUACCAAAAGAAGUUUGAAAAGAAGUGCCUCACUAAGGCUGCUAAGGAAGAUAGCAACUCUGAUAAAAUUCAAGAGCUUCAGGUUAAGCUUAAAGCUGUUUCCCAAGAGUUCAAGCUUUAUAAAUCAAAAUUUGAAACUGCUGACAAAGAACUCUCCGAGACAAAAAUUUUGAAGGAGAUAGCCGAUGAAAAACUUGCGAUAAUGAAAGAGAAAAUGCAACGUGAGAAGGAAGCAAAGGAAAGUUAUAAGGAGCGAUUAGAAGAACUUGAGACUAAAUAUCAAAAUAUCAGCAUCUCAACAAUGCACACAAAACUAUCUUCUCUCAAAACUCAACUUGAUCUCCAAAAAUUAGAAGAUGCUAAGAAGUUAUAUGAUAAGGAUAAAAAGCUAAAGAAAGCAAUCCAAGCACUAAAAUCUUUCCAGACUCAGAGAAGAGAUGGCGUGAUAAAGCUUCCUGAGAAUCUAGGAAAUGAAGAAACAGCAGAUCCUGAAGAAGCUUCUGAGUCUGGAGGGCAAAGCCCUACUAAAGAAGAUCUUCCUGAAUUAAAUGACCAAAACAAUUUUGAAAUACAAAGUGAAGAUGAAGACCCAGCAGAGAUCGAAAGAAAUAUAAAGAAAAUGUUAGCUGAAGAGGAAAUGAUAAAGAAGCAAAAGGAAGAAGCAGCCAUAGAACCUGAAAUAGUUGAGCUAGACAACGAAGUUAAAUAUCAAGUAGAUAGAGAGAAGUUUGAACAGGCUCUUUCGAAGAACCCUAAUUUGGACAAUCUUUACUAA